CGAUUAAAUAAUGUGUACAAGCAGUUUCAACAUGAAACAUUUAUUUUAAAGAAAACAAUACAAAUAGAAAUAUUAUUUUAGUGUUAUUUUCAUCAAAACACCCUGAAAUAGAAUAAAAAUAUAAAAAAAUACACUGUAAAGGAAAACCACCACCGCCACCAUCCGAAUAAUGAAAACAACGUGCGAAUAAAACUGUCAAAGUACGGAAUUAAAUUAUGAAAAAGAGGCGGAAUGGCAUUACAAGGUUGGCGACUUUGCGGCGUAACUGUAACAAUUGUUAUAUAUAUUGGAGGAGUACUAUUUUUAUCCAUGAAUAAUGUUCCUGGCUCACAUCCAAGACGUAUGCGAAUUGAACGAUUUGCAGAGUUUCCUAAUUAUCAUAAUCAAAAAGUAUCCGGCAUUAAUCAAAAGAUGACCAUUAGAUGGUGUAAAGAACUAAAAUAUUUGCAAACAGUGCUUCCAGUAGAUACUGCAGAUGCAGCUUCCGAAUUUAAAACUCCAAAUAUUAGCGAUAAUGAAGAAAACAUUAAGACUGGAUUGACUGCGUUAGCGUCAUUUCCGGGAAGUGGGAAUACUUGGCUACGAUACUUAUUGCAGCAAUCUACUGGAAUAUUGACUGGAAGCAUAUAUAAAGAUUAUGGAUUACUUAAAACUGGAUUUCCAGGCGAAAAUAUUUGCAACAGUUCUGUGUUAUUAGUUAAAACUCACGAGUGGGGUCCAAAGGCAUGGGCGCCUUUCUCAAAAGUAAUUUUAUUAGUUAGAGAUCCAGAAAAAGCUAUCAUUGCCGAAUUCAAUCGCCAAAGUGGUGGUCAUGUGGGUUUCGCCUCUCCAGAUCGUUAUAAGCGAACAAAGGGAAAAUAUUGGCAACAAUUCGUAACGAAUAAAUUAAGAGGCUGGGAGCUAAUGAAUCUCAACUGGGCUCGCAAUUUCACCGGGAGUGUUAAAGUUGUGUUCUAUGACGAUUUAGUCAACAAUCUCGAACCAGUAUUAAGAAGCAUUUUAGAAUUUCUUCAAUUUCCAGUGGACGAAGAUCUACUAAAUUGUGCUCUAAUAAGAAAGGAGGGUAUAUUUAGAAGGAAAAAACGCAUUUUAUCAUUUGAUCCGUAUACGCCGGCCAUGAGAGCGAAAUUAGAGGAGAAAAAGCAAUAUGUCUACAACAUGCUGGGACGUCUACAAUAAAUACUCAAUGACAUGUUUGUUAUCCAUUACAAGUCAGAAAACCAGUAAUCUAAUAUACAUAUUUAUAAAUAGAAAUAAGAACAAUUAUAACGACUAAAUGUAAUUAAAUGAAAUGAGCACAAUAUCCAUUUGCUUUGGCUAUUUUAUUUACACAACUUUACUAUCGAAUAGUACUUCGAAUAUACAAAUAAAUUACAUUCAUACGUAGUAUAAUUGAAAAUUAGCUAAUAAAAUAUAAACAAACAAAUUAUAACACAAUUUUUAUAGUGAUUAAGCAAUUAUAAAUAAUUUUAAA